AUGGCGCGCGCCUCAAAUUGUUCUCUCUCUGGGGGUCAGUUCCCUUUGUCAUCGGAGAUCUUUCAAGGUGAGGUUGGGGAAGCUGUUGUGGGAUGGAGAAUCAUGACCAGGAUGCGGCUGUGGUUGGAAGCAAGGAGGGCUGGCCAGAGGGUACGGAAAGGCAGAGGAAAGGGCUUCAGAACUUACUCUGUUUUUGACUCAGCCAUGGGACAUGGUGCAGUAAGAACAGAGUGCCUUUGACCAUGUGCAGAGUGCCUUCUCCUCACAUACGAAAAAGCCCAGCCAGCCCUUGUAUAUAUGGGAUCAGGAAGAAAGGCUUCCGGGUCAGAUAAGGUGCUCUGUAGUAUUCCUGCGUGAGGGAUCUCUGCGCUUUUAUUCCCUGACUCGCCACUGUCCCUUUCGCACAGUCAUCAAGGCUCAGAUCUGGAUCUUCUUAGUCCCCGUUUUCCUGGGCCUUGUGCAGGUCGGCCUCUUCCUGGAGCAGAUGGGCUUCUUCCUGCGCCAUGGCAACAGCUCCCGCCGAACCAGCCUCUCGCUCUGGAUCCUGGGGGUCUAUCCGGUAAGAAUGGGCAAAGGAAGCAGGCAGCCUUCUCUUGCGUCUCAGCCUCUUAAGACUGCAACCCUGUGUUCACUUCCUAGGAAAUCCAGCUGAGAAACCACAGUGAAGCUGAUUUAGGAUCCUGGCUAACUUAGGUCCAUUCCUUUCAAGAAGUUUACCCUGAGUAAAAGUUAGUUGCCUGCAACCCAAUGUUUCCAUGCUUGCAGCUCUCCCUAGGUACUUGUCACACAUAACUGUGUCACACAAAUGUGUAAUUAGCUGGCUUCGUUUGCAGUCUCAUGUUGUGGUAGCAUCUAGUGGCUUAAAUGGAAGGCUGCAUACACACGACACUUCUGAAGCACAUUCACAGUAUCUUCUGCUCCCCCCUGCAAAUAAUUCUGAGCACAGUAGUUUGUGAAGGGCUACUGAGAACCGUAACUCAGUGAGGGGUGAACUAUAGCACCCCAAAGUCUUUGUGGGGGAAAAUGUGCGCUGAAUGUGCUUUGCAUAAAAUGGAUUGUGUAAAGGUAUGCACUGCUUAGGGACAAAUUGCAAUCCAAACCAGGUGCAAAUCUUUUAAUAUCAUAUCCCAUCUCCUUAUCCAACAGGUGUUCAGUCUCACUUCCCUCAUCGGUUUGUUCAUCCCUCGCACUUCCUUCGUCUGUAACUUUGUGGCCUCCAUGUGAGUUUCUUUUGAUGGGAGUGGGAACAGGCAGUGGAAGGAGCAGGAUUAAAUGUAAUUUAUCCUAAGGGGCGCGGGUGGGGCUGUGGGUUAAACCACAGAGUUUAGGACUUGCCGAUCAGAAGGUUGGCGGUUCGAAUCCCGGGGUGAGCUCCUGUUGCUCGGUCCCUGCUCCUGCCAACCUAGCAUUUCAAAAGCACAUCAAAGUGCAAGUAGAUAAAUAGGUACCGCUCCGGCGGGAAGGUAAACGGCGUUUCCGUGCGCUGCUCCGGUUCGCCAGAAGCGGCCUAGUCAUGCUGGCCACAUGACCCGGAAGCUGUACGUCGGCUCCCUAGGCCUAUAGAGCGAGAUGAGCGCCGCAACCCGAGAGUCGGCCACGACUGGACCUAAUGGUCAGGGGUCCUUUUACCUUUAUCCUGAGGGAAUUACUGCCAAGAAGACCUGAAGGUAUCCACUUCAGGAUUGUUUUUCCUCGAAGUUUGCCAUCACCUUAGGGAAGGAGUCUGUAAACCUUUAAUGACUGCAUGGUGGUCUCCUUCAUGAAGACGGUGGGCAAACUCAAGUUGCAACAGAUUCUCCUCCAGAAUCCCAAUGCCACAUUAUGGAACGUUUACUGCAGGUACAGUUCUAGAUUCCCUCAAGGUACUUACUCCAUUUACUGGCUGGCUGUACCGCUGGAUCAUUUCCCACCACCCAAAUGUAGCUGCAUUUGGACCCAGGUCUAUUAAACUGAUAGCUACUAGAGCACAAUGACCACUUCACUGGGACCAUAGAAUAGCGUCAUUCUGGCUGUUCAUCCCACCUUCCAUUUCCCCUUCUCCACCUUCACAACAAAUAUUAUGCAGAAACACCUUUCUUCAAAAUGGAUGUGGCCUUGUAGCCUUGUGUCCUGAACGUGUGCACCACAUUUCAGCCUGAGAACUCAAGGAAGGAUAUUGUGUAUAUCAUACAAACAAAAGGUGACUUAAGCCUAAGGUCUGAACUUGCUCCACCAACUAGACCUCUCCAGCUCCACAAAAUUGCCUGUUUGAUCCAGCAGAUGCAUAGUGUGUAACUCUCCUGUUCCUGCAGCUACCACUCCAUCACCCUCUGGAAAUUCCUUGCACUGAUCAGAGAUUUCUUUGGUGGAUCAGACCGAAUGCUCCAGCAACUGGAGAGCCAGCGUGUUUCUCCAAACCCUUUCCCCUGUUGCUGCUGUUGUUGCCUUCCUGAAAUUGCUGCCAACAGGUAAGAAGAGGCUGCCUUUGUGCCGUGUCAGAGUUGGUCCUGCACAUUAUAGCUUCCUUAUUGUACCCUAUAAUCUGCAACUGAUCCAGAACACCUCAACUAAAUGCAUCCCGCCCCUUCUUACAUCAGGCUCUGCAAAGUUUCCUCAUUCCCCACAUCUCCUUGUUCCUUUUGCCUCACAUGUUUAGAUUAUGAAAAGCGCAGGCAAGGACUUGUGGUUUUGUUUUUAUUUCUCAGUGGUGCCUAGCACCUGACAGAUGGUGAUAAGCCUUCUCCUUAAGGUCCUGCACAAACACACACAUUCAUGUUGUACAACAGCUUGAAGCUUUCAGUCCUUCACAUUAGAGCUGUCCUCCUAAUAUGCCUUUUACCGUAUUUCUUCUCCUAUCUCCAUGGCUGCGCGAACCCUGUGCUUUUAAAUACAUAUAGAAUAUUGAGCCAGGUUGAAUUAUUUGACCUCUAAAAAUUAUGCAAAUCACAUUUCCUAAUUUUGCAUAAUUCAUUCUGGUUUUCCUGUUCAGUGUCUCAUUUUCUUAGUUCUGCUGCUUAGUUAUGCUGCUUUUAGUUUUAGAUUUUUAAUGAAUCUAUUAUUAUUAUUAUUAUUAUUAUCAUUAUUAUUAUUAUUAUUUAUUAAUACCCCACCCAUCUGGCUGGGUUUCCCCAGUCACUCUAGGAAGCUUACAACAAAGUAUUAAAAUACAACAAAGUAUUAAAAUACAAUUUUAUGUAAUCUAAUUUAUGUGUAAUCUAAUUUAUAUGUAAGGGAUGCAGGUGGUGCUGUGGUCUAAACCACAGAGCCUAGGGCUUGCUGAUCAGAAGGUCGGUUGUUCAAACCCCCAUGACGGGGUGAGCUCCCAUUGCUCAGUCCCAGCUCCUGCCAACCUUGCAGUUUGAAUGCACACCAAAGUGCAAGUAGAUAAAUAGGUACCGCUCUGGCGGGAAGGUAAACAGCGUUUCCAUGUGCUGCUCUGGUUUCGCCGGAAGCGGCUUAGUCAUGCUGGCCACAUGACCCAGAAAAACUGUCUGUGGACAAACGCUGGCUCCCUCGGCCAGUAAAGCGAGAUGAGCGCCGCAACCCCAGAGUCCGUGACUGGACUUAAUGGUUGGGGGUCCCUUUACCUUUACCUUUAAUUUAUGUGUGGCCAGAACCAGAGGCACCAUUCACCUGGGGAGCUUAUAGUCAGGGCUGCUGCAACAAAUAGCUGUGCCAGCCUUUGGGAGGCAGAGACAUGAGAGGGCAUCAGAGCAGAAAGGGAAGGGAAGAGGGACAGAGGCCAGAGUUGCCCACGGCACCCCAGACCAUAAUUCAAGGCACCCCAGGGUACCAUGGCCCACUGGUUGUAUAUAGGAAGUGCAGUGUAAGCGAUGGAAAUCAGUCAAUGAAAUUUUAUUAUUGAGAUAUUUGUAGAAUACAUUUGGAAGAAAUUCUUCCAACUUUACUUCUUCUUUAUUUUUUCUUUUUCUUUCUUCUUUUCUUUCUUUUUUCUCUUUUGUUCUUUAUAUAUAUGUGUGUGCUUAUCUCAAAUAUAUAUGUAUGUAUUUGCAAUAUUUUGCUUAUAUUUUGUAAUAAUUAUGUUAAAUAAUUUUUAAAAACAUUUUAAAAAGAAAAGAAAACCACCAGCUUCUUCCCUUCUGCAGAACAAAUUUGCGAUGUAUGACGCUGGCUGUGUAUCAGCUCUCUGUCAUCAGGACCAUCCUCUUUUUCGUCACCCUUAUCCUCUGGACGGAUGAGAAAUAUGACUAUGGCGAUGUAAGUAAUUCUGGCUGUGAAAUUCAUGGCUAACAGGCAGAGAGGAAGGGAAUUAAGUCACACCUUGGGCAUGUCUAUUAAGCACAGAAUGAUUACUUGGUAUUCUCAGUGAUGCUUUUCCUGAGGAAAGCGACAGGUGCCCAUUCUUCGGUCUGUUGAUAGAUGCUUCCAUUGGACUGAGCUGACUUGAAUCUGGGCAUUGUUAAGACCAAAGCUGGUCUUAAUUAUAGCCAAACAUAUCAAAUUGAUGUGGCAAGGCAGCUCAAAUUCUGUGCGCAUGAUGAUAGGAAGGUUUGGCUGAACCUUAGCAGCAGUUUCUUUGGAUGACGACCAUAGAACAAGGUUGGUAUCGCCGCUGGAUUUUACCAUGAAAAUGCUGUUAUGUUCCUGAGCACCAGGCUGGGACCAACCUGGGCAUCCUGGCAAUUAGGGAAUGGGGCAACUGUGGAUUGGUAUCAAUUAAAAGUUGCUCAUCAGGAUUUUAAAAGCACAGUAAAAUUUCACAGCCCUGGGAAUGGAAGCUUGCAAGUAGCCCCCAGUUCAAGUAAGUGCAGGACAUAAAUUGAAAGGUGGGAAGGAAAUGAAUGUGAGAAGCAAUUUCAGAGAGUUGUGUUGUCUUGGUUAACAGGCAAAGAGGGAAGAGCAAGGGCCACUCCUGGGUGAUAUAAGGAGAACCACCACCCGUUCUGGCCCCCAGACCACCUCUGGAUUUCCAUAGAUGGAACUAUAUUAGGUUAGAGAUGUAUAUGAAGUGGUCCCCUUCAGGUCUUCCGCUGGCGCCCACAAAAUAUUUAUCUCAACACGCACACCCCUCACCCCACCAUGAAGCAUGGAGGGUGGUUAACAUUCGUUAACAUUUUCUCCCUUGAAAUAUCCAUAGACCUGAAAGGGGAAGUUAGAAAAGUGGUGUUCUUUCCCACGUCCUCUUUUAGCUCUAUGGGCUUUUCAAGGCUCAGAUUGUUUUGGAUCCAGCUUUUACCCACAUCCCUUGGAAAUGCUGUGUGAGUUCUCUCUCUCUCUCUCUCUCUCUCUCUCUCUCUCUCUCUCUGUGUGUGUGUGUGUGUGAUACCUGCUCAGAAGGUGUGGUGCCCACCACACUCAUUCAAAAAUUCACAUCUGCCCAUGUGCCUUAAAAACAUUGAUGAUCCCUGCUGUCAAAGAGCGCAACGGCAUUUUCCAUCUUCUCUGUUAAUUUAAAGGCAGAUAAAUUGAACCAGUGAUUUCAUGAUUAGGCUAUGGAUCAGAAUGGGAAUUAGCUACAGUAGAAAUUUGAGCUUUUCUAUGGUUAUUGUAUCCUGCUAUUUAUAUGCAGUUUGGCAAGCUGUUCACAUUUCUGAUUAUACCAAAGUGCUAGUGUUGAAGCUUAGCCUUUUCCAUUAUUUAUUUUAAAACAUUUCUAUACCCCCGCUUAAUAUUUCAAAAAACCCUGUGGUAUUAAUUUGUAGGAAGGAACUAAGAAAGGUGUCCUAAACAAAACAACCUAAAUAUACUCCCGAGAGCUAAUGUUUCAGGACCUUGAACUGUGUUUUUUGUUUUCUCAAAUGUGCUGAUCUUCACUGCACCAUUCAGCAGUGGAGUUAGGGAAUUUUAGAUUCUGCACUUAACAGCCUUACUGUGUCCAUGGGUAAGUGUCUGUGGCUCUUUAGGAGCUAAUGUGCAUUACUCAAAAUGGCAUGAGCCAUUUUGGGUGGGCCCAUUUUCUCCUGCUGCCGAGUGGGGCCCUGGACUCAAAAGUCUUGCUCUGAAAAUGCCAUUCAAGUGACAGAGGAUUUUGCCCAAACACAUGUUGCUGGGGAGAGUCAAAGCAUCUGACAUCUCAUUUGCCCAUCCCUCUCUCUCAGGUGAGCUACACCAACCCCAACUCUUACAUCUACGCCAUCAUUGCCAUCUCCACAUUCCUUUUUUUAAUAUACUUUUUAUUUAUUUUUAACAUACUAUUUCCAACAAUCAUUUAACCUAAUUUCAUAUCUUAUACAAUUCUUCGACUUCCAUCAAUCACAUCUGAAAAGUUUCCAAUCUUUUUCACUUAACUUACAUUUCUUAAUUUCACUAUUACUUUUAGUUUUCUUAACUAAUAACUCUCUUCAUAACCUUCCUUGCAAUAUUUCAUAUGUUCCUCCUUACAAAACUUCUUGCAAUCCUACUAGCGUAAUCUGUUGACUACAAUUGCUUUUCAAAUAGUUCACAUAUUUAUUCCAGUCCUCUGAGAAUCUCUGGUCCUGCAGGUUUCAAAUCCUACCUGUCAUCUUAUCUAAUUCUGCAGAGUCCAUUAAUUUCGUCUGCCAUUCUUCUUUCGUCGGUAAUUCUUCUCGUUUCCAUUUCUGGGCCCAAACACAUGUUGCUGGGGGGAGUCCCAGAAUCUGACAUCUCACCUUUGCCCAUCCCUCUCUCCCAGGUGGGCUACACCAACCUCAACUCUUACAUCUACGCCAUCAUUGCCAUAUCCACAUUCCUAUCCUUCUAUGGCUACUUGCUCUUCUACAAAGCCACCAAGCCAGCACUCAACGGCUACAGCUUGCGCUCCAAGUUCGUCUGCAUCAUCUUGGUUCUCGUCCUCUGCGGCCUGCAGAGUGGGAUCCUGGAGACCAUGGGGGCAGUGGGGGCCAUCCCUUGCAGCCCGCCUCUCUCCCCGGUGACACGCUCCCAAGGUAAGCUGCUUCAGGGAGGCCAGGAGCCUGCAGCAGGCGCCAUUGAGGGUGGCUGGCUGAUAGGCAAGCCAACCUCACUCUCUGACUUGCCGUCUCGGGGCAAUUGCCUUCCUUGCUGUCUCACGCCAGAGAGGUUCCCUGCCCCCUUGCGGGGUCUCUCAGGGGGCAGAGGAGGGCGCGGGGAAAAUAGUUCCUUAAAAAAGCUGGCUCUUGGGCAAGGGGCAGGGCGUCAUCUGGGCUAGCCUUCACUAACCUACUGCACCCCAAGAGUUGUAUUCACAGUAGAGCUAAGGAGAUUGUUCCAUCAGCGUAAACAUUUCUGCAUGCUUGACAGUGCCCCUCUCCCCCCAUGCAGUUCUCGGGGUUCCCUCAACCCCCUGGAGCAGAUUUGGGGAGGCUGUGGAGGUGUGCAGGGGGAAGUCCAAUUCAAAAUGUUGGUGCUGACCUUUAACACCCUAAAUGACCUCGGUCCAGUAUAUCUGAAGGAGCGUCUCCACUCCCAUCGUUCUGCCCAGACACUGAGGUCCAGCGCCGAGGGCCUUCUAGUGGUUCCCUCACUGAGAGAAACCAAGUUACAGGGAACCAGGCAGAGGGCCUUCUUGGUAGUGGCACCCGCCCUGUGGAACGCCCUCCCACUAGAUGUCAAAGAGAAAAACAACUACCAGACUUUUAGAAGACAUCUGAAGGCAGCCCUGUUUAGGGAAGCUUUUAAUGCUUAAUAGACUAUUGUACAGUGGUACCUUGGGUUACAUACGCUUCAGGUUACAGACUCUGCUAACCCAGAAAUAGGACCUUGGGUUAAGAACUUUGCUUCAGGAUGAGAACCGAAACAUGCUCCGGGGGCACGGCAGCAGCAGGAGGCCCCCAUUAGCUAAAGUGGUGCUUCAGGUUAAGAACAGUUUCAGGUUAAGAACGGACCUCCGGAACGAAUUAAGUACUUAACAUGAGGUACCACUGUAUUUUAAUAUUUUGUUGGAAGCUGCCCAGAGUGGCUGGGGAAACCCAGCCAGAUGGGCAGGGUAUAAAUAACAACUACUACUUCUUCUUUUUCUUCUUCUUCUUCUUCUUCUUCUUCUUCUUCUUCUUCUUCUUAUGCUACUCGGAAUCAUUGUGCUGGCUUCCGCUAGUGCAACUACGGCACCUGCCAAGCUAGCUGGGGCUGAUGGAAGUUGUAGUCCAAAACCUACAGAGGUCAUCAGGUUGGCGAAGGCUGGUCUGGCCCAAGCAUCAAAGGAAGGUGCAAGGCACGCUUCCUCAAACUCGGCCCUCCAGAUGUUUUGAGACUACAGUUCCCAUUAUCCCUGACCACUGGUCCUGCUAGCUAGGGAUCAUGGGAGUUGUAGGCCAAAAUCAUAUGGAGGGCCGAGUUUGAGGAAGCCUGGUGUAAGGAAACUGCUUUCCCUUGCCGAUGCACAACUGGGAGAGCACUGGUAGUCAAGUCUCUUUCUACCCACCUGACACCUGAAAUUGCAUACGAUGUUGGAUGUGGGGAGAGUGGGCAAGGUCUGGGGGAAAACAACCUCCUGGGCCAAACCUGAAUCCCUAACAGGCCGUACGUUCCCCACCUCUGCUGCAGAGUGUACCAUAUUCUUAAUUCUCUCUUCACCCCUCCAGUGAUCUACUACUAUUCCCUGGCUGUCGAGAUGUUCUUCAUUGGCAUAUUUGCCCAUUACUCUUUCCGAAGAGCCGAGCCGCAGAUGGACACUCAGCAGGUCACCCGCCAUCGAGCCUCUCAGACCGAGGGUCCCCGGUCUGGACGCUGCAGCCUGGGAGACGACGCGUCCAUGGAGGGAGCCAACCCAGGCUACCUGGGUGAGGAGUCUCUGUGUACCAUAGAGCACACUCCGCUGGACCGGUUUGAUUUCAUUGUGGGGGGGCCUGUGGAUGGCUGGGGGCCAGGCAUCCUGAGAACAGGGCCUCCACGGGCUGAGGGCCUGAAAGCCAGCUCCUCGCGCCAAAGUACUGGCGCAGAAUCACCGCCAGCUGGAAUCCAAAUCCAUGCCCAGGUGGCCAAACUGAAUGGUGAAGGGGUCACUGUUGUGUAG